AGCAAACUAUCAUGGCCGUGGUUUCCCGUCUCAUCAGGGUUAAUUAGUUAGACACUCACUCUCCCCUCCGACGUGACAGCGCUGCUUUGCAUCGCCGUGAACGCGCAAGUGUGCAGCGUGCGCGUCGCCCGGGGUUCAUAAUAAGGCAGGAGGAGCCGGAGAAGCACAACGGGACCGUGGCUCCGCACCGGGCGCAGGGGGGAUCCCGCAGUUAUACGCUGGAUAAACGAGGCACUGUGACUUUCCAGUUUCAGAAUAAGACAGGUGAGAAAUAAGAAAAGGACUGUACCGUUUCCCGCUCUCAUCGCGCACCCAAACCUUAAUUCCAGUCAGCAUGAGCAAGUGGAAGUAAUUUUGACCCGAUCUGUCAAAAUCUUUGCGCAAGAUAGAAGAUAAUCUAACUCAAAAUUGUUUCUCCUUGCAUAAAUGGGAAAUGUUAUUGAACGACGGGAUCGUGGCUUUUCCAUCCAAAUUUCUUACAGUCAAUGGAAAAUCCCCGAAACGCGGAGAUGGGACGACAUAUGAUUAAACUCAAAAGAAUAUAUCAAGCGUGUCCCGGACUAUUCCCCACAACAUCUACAUAACACAGGGGCUAUUUGUUCUUAAUAUUCAGUGUACAAAAUCCAAAGAGCCACCGCCACCUUCGCACAAGAGAUUAAUAUCUAAAAUAAUAUUUCAAGUAAAAUAAAAUUUCAAGAAUCUCCGAAAGUAAAAGGACAACGGUUGCAUAUAACUGCUUUGCGGAGAAGCCGAACGCAUCUCCCGGGAUGACGCGCCUGCUCUGCUGCCUCUUGCUGGGCUACUUAACGUGCAACCUGCGGAUAUCGGAUGCCCAGGGGGAAUACUGCCACGGCUGGCUGGACGCCUCUGGGAACUACCACGACGGCUUCCAGUGUCCAGAGGACUUCGAUACCAUGGAUGCGACUGUUUGCUGUGGAUCCUGCUCCCUGAGAUACUGCUGCGCGGCCGUGGACGCCAGGCUGGACCAGGGAAGCUGCACCAACGACAGAGAAGCAGAAAACACCGAGUUCGCCGCACAGCCCAUCUACGUGCCCUUCCUGAUGGUGGGCUCCAUCUUCGUGGCCUUUGUGGUGGUGGGCUCACUGGUGGCUGUGUACUGCUGCACGUGUCUGCGGCCCAAGCAACCCGCCCAGCCGCCCAUCCGCUUCUCGCUGCGCAGCUGCCAGGGGGAGACCAUCCCCAUGAUCCUGACGGCGGCGGCAUCAGGAUCCGCCAGCCUGCGCACGCCGUCCCGCCAGUCCAGCACGGCCACCACCAGCUCGGGCUCGGCGGCCGGGGGCGGCUCCACGCGCCGCUUCUCCCUGGGCCGGUCCGACGGCGCCGCACUUGGCCAGCCGCAGACGCAGCAAGGCUGCUUGGUGCCCACCCCAGCCCUGUCCCCGGGUCAAACCCAUCCGCCCCUACCGGCACCCCCUCCGCCGCCCUACACAUCCCCACCCUGCGUCCAGGGAGGCCUCUCUCAUGGCCACGCCCCACUGCAGCUACACCAGCCCCUGCACCCCUCCCAAAACGGCGGCUUCCUUCUUCCACAGCAGUUCUUUUCCUUCCCCCUGCAGCCGGAGCCGUUUCCCGCCGGCAAAGGGUUUGCCGAUUUCGGGCAGAGCUGACAGAUGGAGGCGGUGCCUCUCCUGAAGGUGGCGCUCUUGCGGAAGGUCAGGCCUCAGCGCCCAGCCCGGGAUCCUCUGCCGGCUGGUCGACAAACUGAGAUGAGAAACGCAGAAGCUGGGGUCCACCAACUCUGACUGGGGACACGGAUGUUACUCUGACAGGCUGCUGGUCACCCUGCAGGGAGAUGUUCUACUGGAUGCCUGGUUCUAGAGCAGACGGGGUGUUGGCAAGGGGGACACUGACUAGCGACACCAGGGAUGCAUAUCCUGCUGUGUGCUGUGGGCUCCUCCUUCUUCAGUAUCGUUUUUUUCUUCCCAACAUUCAACCAACAUUCCAUGUUUUUCCAGGGUAGGAGAAAAACACGGAAGAAGGACUUUGCUUCUGCAUAAGAAUUGUGGGUUUAUUUACACUCUAGGCACCUGUUUGAGCCUCAGAGUUAACUGACGUGGAUUUUCAGUGUCAAAAAAUAAAUUGAAAACAAUC